UGUUUACAAGAGUAUGUUUACGUAAGCGAACGAGUUCGUUGGCCACCGGUUUAGUAAGAAUUUAGUUGUGAGCUUACCAUGAAUAACACGAUUCUGUGGCGAUUAAGUCGGAGUUCGACUAACAAUAGUCCUUUUAUGACUAUUUUCCGAAACGCUUCCAAGAAAACUGGGGGCAGUUCAAGGAACCCUCCCAAGAAUCCUCGGCCGAAACAUCGCGGUUGGAAAGUGCAGGAUGGACAUAACGUCUCAGCUGGAUCUAUAUUGGUCACCCAACGAACACCUCGUUUUCAUCCUGGAUUGAAUGUUGGACUGGGAAGGAACGGCACACUUUUUGCAAUGGAACAUGGAAAAGUUUAUGUCACAUGCGAACAACUUGAUCCAAACCUGGAACACACGUGGGUGCAACGUUGUUAUGCUGGCCGUGAAGGACAAACCAUCUAUAAGAAAUUUUUCAAUGUCGUUCCGGAGCUUCAGCACAUCCGUUUUAAGUUAGUCGAUGAAGUUUAAAUGAGUUCAAAAAUAAAGCAAACGACGUACAAUUAAAACGCAUAUUUUCUUUCCGAUUUUGUGAGGUUGGCUAGCGAGGAAAAUGUUGCUUGGCGUUCAUUGAAUUUAUUAGCAUUUGCCUCAAUAUUUUAGUAUUGCAGCUACGAUAGCAAUUAGAGUGCCAAUACCCUACACAUGCCCUGUAUUUUAUCUUUCUUCACUAUUUUCU